UACUUUCGGGCUUCGCGUUUGUGUCUGCCUUCUCUGUAAGCCGAGGGGCCCCAGGGGCGGGCUAGCUCGAUGGCUCCGCGGGCCCCCGGGUCUCCCGGCCGAACGCGGCUCGGCUGCUCGGAUCCCGCGGCUCUUUCGCGCGUCGUGGACUUGUUGGGACUUGCCCGGCGGCGCGGCAAGUCGGGCCCUGCCUGGGCGUGGAGCCGUUGGGACUGCACCCGGCGCCGCCCUGGGUGCAGUCUGGAGUCCAUGGCCGGGAGGGGACAGCUCCCCGGGUACCUCAGUCAGCCCUCCUGGUUGGCUAGAGAUUUACUGCAUCCUUCCUUGGAAGAGGAAAAGAAAAAACAUAAAAAGAAACGGCUGGUUCAAAGUCCAAAUUCUUAUUUUAUGGAUGUAAAAUGUCCAGGCUGCUACAAGAUUACCACGGUUUUCAGCCAUGCUCAGACAGUGGUGCUUUGUGUAGGUUGUUCAACCGUGUUGUGCCAGCCGACAGGAGGAAAGGCCAGACUCACAGAAGGGUGUUCAUUUAGAAGAAAGCAACACUAAUGACCCACACAACUUCCUGAAUUCGUGUUCUAUCACAGAAAGCCUUAUCAGUUCAGUAAUUCCAGUUAAUCUACCAAGAUAAUGUAAUUAUGUUUAAUUUUGUAAGGUAUACAACAGCGCUCUCCUAUUUUGCUGUCAGUUUUUCAAUAAAGUUUUGAUUAUGGGCAAA